AUGCGCGCGUACCUCAGUGUAAAUAGCUGCUCUGAAGUAUUUGCUCAGUACCUUCUACAAAUAGGCAACGGUUCAGCAACUAUAACACGCAAUGGGUAUGUUACCAUGUCGGAUAUCGUAGGAACCUGCGUAAGAAGUAUUGAUGAGCUUAUUGAUAAUGUUUAUCCAAACAUUGCAAACAUACAAAUUAUUAAUUCCAAUUGGCUUUGCGAACGUGCAAUUGUCACUUCGAAAAAUUCGGCAGCAGAAGAUAUCAAUGAAGCAGAAUUGAGCAGAAUUUCAACAGAAUACAAACUCUAUAAGUCUGUAAAUUCAGUAACUGACCCCAACGAUGUGGUUCAUUACCCUGUGGAGUUUCUUAACUCCUUAAACCCCGCAGGUAUGCCUCCACAUGAGCUAAAACUUAAAGCUGGAACACCCGUAAUUCUUUUACACAAUCUUAAGCCACCCGAGUUGUGUAAUGGUACGCGUCUUCAAAUCAUACGUUUUUUCCCCAAUCUUAUAAAGGCAAAAAUUUUGACCGGUCCGGCAACGGGAGAAAUAACGAUGAUUCCAAGGGUACCAAUGAUCCCAACGGAUUUGCCAUUUACGUUUAAACGUGUCCAGUUUCCAGUAAAGACAUGUUUUGCCAUUACCAUUAAUAAGUCCCAAGGGCAGACCUUUAACGUUGUCGGCAUUGAUCUCCGUAACGAAGUGUUUACGCAUGGCCAAUUAUAUGUGGCACUUUCACGUAUCGGUUCAUCACAAAAUCAAACUUUUCUUAUUCCCGGAAAUGGAAAUGAAACGCAAAACGUUGUUUUUACUGAAGUGUACAACAACUGA